AUGUUCAACUACUCGAAUUUUCACGAUGUAUUCCCCCCAAGUGUCCCAUUUCCCUAUGACCGCAAGAUGCAACAAGAGAUCGAAAGUCGUCGCAAACAGGCCGAUGGUGUUUUGUUCAUUGAUCGAGUGAUGAACGCUUUGGGCAUUGGGAAAGCAAAAGCGUAUCCUCCCAAGACGGAAAACUCGUUGCGGCAGCUUCACCAACAGAUCUGCGAGACGGGAAUGUCCAUGCACCACAAGUUCUCCCUCCUAUACUACCUUCUCCUCGACUUUGAUGAUCUUCACAGACAUGAUUUUGUGUCGGAAAAUUUUGCACUCUUGUCAGGCAUGCCCAACAACUACCAGCUAUUCAUGAAAGGCUUGUGGUACAUGGACAAGCAAGAGUAUCCGAAAGCCGUCGAGUACAUUGCCCAUCCAUCCCUGGACCCCGAUUUCGCGGAUGACAUCAUUGUCACCCUCGUCAAGCACGCGUCUCACGGCGACUUUAGUCUCGCGCUCUCGUACUUUUACUCCGUCCAACCGAUCCUGAAGUCAUCUGUUGCUCUGGGUCUUCUUUUUGAAGCCAUGACUCGCACCAACGUCACGGAGGCGUUGCUCUACUCCCGAACGCACCCGCAACAUACCCGCGAGCAGUUGUUCCGUCGAUGGGUGUCCUGCGUCCUCGACCUUGGGCGGGGUGAGGAUCUGCCGAACCGCACGAGCGAGUUGAUCUUUAUGCCGUUUGAUGCUGCGGAAGAGGCUUGGAUCGAGGAAUAUCUCACUGUUGGCGAUGGCAGGAAUCUAAAAAGGGCAAGAGACACCUUGCUGAUGCGCAAGAUUGCAUGCGAUCGAUUUGACGACGUCAGCAAGCUUCGGGCCAGCGGUCAUUGGGCGGCGGUAGUCGAUGGCAUCAGAGCAGGAACGGAGGGACAGAGCGAGUGA